GGACUAAUGCUAAUUGCUCAGAAGGAAUAUGUCCUGUGCUGAGAAUUGCUACUGUGCAAAAGUCAGCUGUUAUCAGCCGUAUAUUUACCCUCUACGCAGUGGAUACGCGAGGGAGACACUCAGAGCUGAGCACGGUCACCCUGAGGACAGCCUGCCCGCUGGUAGAUGACAGCAAGGCAGAAGAGAUAGCUGACAAAAUCUACAACCUCUACAAUGGCUACACCAUGCAGCACCACUACAACUCCCACUACGAGAAGUUCGGAGACUUCGUCUGGCGCAGUGAGGACGAGCUGGGGCCCAGAAAGGCCCACUUGACCCUGAGGAGGCUGGAGAAGGUCAGCAGCCACUGCUCCACCCUGCUACGCAGUGCCUACAUCCAGAGCCGCACCGAGACCAUGCCCUACUUGCUCUGCCGCAGCGAAGAGGUCCGGCCGCCCGGCAUGGUCUGGUACAGCAUCCUAAAGGACACCAAAGUCACGUGCGAGGAGAAGAUGGUCUCCAUGCUGCGCAACACGUACGGGGAGUCCAAGGGGCGGUGA